AGUUCUUUGAGGGUAGUUAGUUGGACAACGGCGUUGCCGAAAACGGGCCACCUCAGCUGCCGCACAAUACAUUUUUGGCCAUGUACAUACAAACAAAACCCGUUUAAACAACAACAACUAAAAAAAACAGACACUUGCAAAAUGCAAUUAGCCAGCGACAGCCCACGAAAGUCAACAAACUAACUAAGCCAGUGUCAUCAAACUAAAUUAGUGCAAGCAGCUAAGCGAAGCAGCCGAGCGAAGGAAUAGCCGCCACCUUCCGGAACCGGAAAUGCCCAUUGAGCCGACAACGCCGCCGACACCGACGCCGCCUGACAACAACACCCAAAAGCAAAAACAAAACUAAAACCAAAACCAAAUACAACACUAACAACAACAACACGAUAUAAUAUUAAAAGCCAUAAAAGCCGAAAGCAACAAAUCGCAAGCCCCCUUGUCCCCCCACCACCUCACAUUAAAAACACACAUGUAGUUGCAGCGUGAUCCUGGUCCGUGUGCGAGUGCGUGUGUGUCAGUGAGCCGAGCAAAUUGUUGCGGCUCUGAAAACCGGAAACGGAAGUCAAGAAUAGGAGGAGACGAGGUGCAAGAACCGGUGGAACAGCCGGAGCCGGAGCAGGAUCCGGAGGAGGAGAAGGAGACGGAGACGAGGACGGAGGAAGGAGAAGGCUGAGGCGGAGAUAGGAAAGAUAGAUUAGAAAAUUUCAUUUUCCCGCAGUUCGUAAACGAAAAUCAUUCAAAAUUCAUCGUCUAAGCAAAGCGGAUGCCGAAAAGAAAGAAAGAGUUUAAGUCGUUAAUAGAUCAAUCAAUCAAUCUAUGAGUCAAUCAAUCAAUCAAAACCGUGUGCAUAUCAACCGAAGAAGCCAACACUGAGAACCAAGAAUCAAAGUUGAACGUUGCAUUUAAGCGAACACCGGACUCACGAGACAUUCGUCACUAAACCAAAAAUUAUCUCAGUCAGACUCGGGGACUCAUUUUAUUGGCUGGUGAUUGCAUGCCGCGGAUGAGCCGCGGAUUAUGUCACGUGACGAAUAUAAUCCAGUAACUAGCUCUGGUGUGCGCAGUCCGGGUCGCGUGCGGCGGCUCCAGGAAUUGCCGACGGUCGAUCGAUCCCCAUCCCGGGACUACGGCGCACGCGGAAGUCCUUUAGCAAUGGGCAGUCCAUACUACCGCGACAUGGAUGAGCCAACAAGUCCGGCCGGAGCGGGUCACCAUCGCAGUCGGAGUGCCAGCAGACCACCGAUGGCCCAUGCCAUGGACUAUCCAAGAACCCGCUACCAAUCGCUGGAUCGCGGCGGACUCGUCGAUCCCCAUGAUCGCGAGUUCAUACCCAUUCGGGAGCCACGCGAUCGCUCCCGCGACAGAUCCCUCGAACGGGGCCUGUACCUAGAGGAUGAGCUUUAUGGCAGAUCGGCGCGCCAGAGUCCCAGCGCCAUGGGUGGCUAUAAUACGGGCAUGGGUCCCACCUCGGAUCGAGCGUACUUGGGCGAUCUGCAGCACCAGAACACCGAUCUGCAGCGGGAGCUGGGCAACCUCAAGCGGGAGCUGGAGCUAACCAACCAGAAGCUGGGCAGUUCGAUGCACAGCAUCAAGACCUUCUGGUCGCCGGAGCUGAAAAAGGAGCGGGCUCUCAGGAAAGAGGAGAGUGCCAAGUACAGUCUGAUCAAUGAUCAGUUGAAGUUGCUCAGCACGGAGAAUCAGAAACAAGCCAUGUUAGUGCGUCAGCUGGAGGAGGAGCUGCGCCUGCGAAUGCGGCAACCUAACCUGGAGAUGCAGCAGCAAAUGGAGGCCAUCUAUGCUGAGAACGACCACCUGCAGCGGGAGAUCAGUAUCCUGCGGGAGACGAUCAAGGAUCUGGAGUGCCGUGUGGAGACCCAAAAGCAGACGCUAAUUGCCCGCGAUGAGAGCAUCAAGAAGCUACUGGAAAUGCUGCAAGCCAAGGGCAUGGGCAAAGAGGAGGAGCGCCAGAUGUUCCAACAAAUGCAAGCAAUGGCCCAGAAACAGAUGUACAAUAACUACGCGGGCGCCAGCGGUACGAGUCCCCCAUUGCCGGAUAUUAUUGGCCAGUAUUACGGCCCUGGACUGGGGCCGGGCAGUUUGCCGUACGGCUCGGGAAAUGGUUACGGACCCGCCGCAUCCGGGUACGAUCUGUACGGGCCCACAACCUCCGCCGGCUACGGCGGUCUCUAUGAUCCCACAGCGGCCCAGAUCUACGGCCCAGUUCAGACCUCGCCAAUCCGGAGACGGCGCUACAGCAUCGCCGGUCUGCCCUCGGCCACAAUGUACAACGAUGUGUACGGCUAUCCUGCACCGCCACUGCACCAGACCAGCUCCUCCAACAUUGUCAAUUUGCUGAACGAGGCCCACAAGUCGAUAUCGCGCAGCAGCCAGAUCCUCAAUCUCACCAAUCAGGCUCGCCAGUUGGGCCAGCUGGUGACCACGCCUCUGGGCGGUAUGGGUCGGGUGGUGUCCAGCUACCCGACGCUGCAUCCGGGGGACACCUCGCCGCCGUAUCUUAACGACAAUCUGCUGCAAAUGUCCACGAGCUUCUCCUCGCAACCGAACAUGUACUUCCAGCCGCAGGUGCCGCAGCAGCAGGUGCCACAGACGGUGCUGCCCACGCAGCUGACAGCGGCCCAGAGUGCCGCGGCGGCGGCAGCCCGACUUAGGCCCGCCUACUCCGUAACGAACCUGGUGUCCAGCUACCCAACCACGGGCGGCUACGGCGCCUACAAGUACGGGGCCAUGGGCAGUGGGUAUGGGAAUCCGUACCAGAGUGACCUGGGGGUCACGUCCGGGUACGGGAAUCCUCUGGCACCCUUCCAGCAGCGCCAACUGAUGGCCCAUUCGCUGCACGCCUCGAAUCCCGCCAUUUCACAGUACUACCAGAAUCACGGACUCGGAACCGGAAUGGGAGGAGGAGUCGGAGCCGCAGCCCUGGCGUACAACCUGCAACAGCAGUUCGCGGGAACGCAACACUACGGAGGAAGCGCCCCGCUAGGACACUCGCACAUCCAGGCGUCGGUGCAGCAACAGAUGCAUCCGCAAUACCAGUACCAUGUCCACCAGCACCAGAAUCACCUGCAGACCCAUCCGCUGGCGGCGCUGGCCAAUACGAGCGGACCGUUCGGCGGGACGCUGGCCAGCAGUGCCCGGGAUUAUGUCGAUGGACUGGUCGGCGGUCAUCAUUCGAGUCAUUCGCAUACGCAUCCGCAUUCGCAUACGCACUCGCAUCCGCACCACUCCACGCAUCAUUCACACCACACGGCCUAUCCGCAUUCGCAUCCGCACCACGCGCCGCACCAGCAGCCGCAUCAGCAGCAGCCUUCAGCCCAUCCAAGUCACCAUCACCACCAUCUGCCAUACUCGAAACUAGACUUAGAUUACCCGAAACUGCCGCAAGAGCAUAAGCGACAACUGGACGAAUUCCGUCUUGAAAUACAGAGAAGGGAUCAAGAGAUCCUGGCGAUGGCGGCCAAAAUGAAAACACUCGAGGAGCAGCAUCAGGACUACCAGCGGCACAUAGCGGUGCUCAAGGAGUCGCUAUGUGCCAAAGAGGAGCACUACAACAUGCUGCAGACGGACGUCGAGGAGAUGCGGGCCCGGCUCGAGGAGAAGAACCGCCUGAUCGAGAAGAAGACCCAGGGCACCCUGCAGACGGUCCAGGAGCGUAAUCGGCUGACCAGCGAGCUAACCGAGCUCAAGGAUCACAUGGACAUCAAGGAUCGCAAGAUCAGCGUGCUCCAGCGCAAGAUCGAGAACCUCGAGGAUCUGCUCAAGGAAAAAGACAACCAGGUGGAUAUGGCGCGUGCUCGUCUGUCCGCCAUGCAGGCCCACCACAGCAGCUCCGAGGGUGCACUGACCAGCCUGGAGGAGGCCAUCGGCGACAAGGAGAAGCAGAUGGCCCAGCUGCGUGACCAGCGCGACCGGGCCGAGCACGAGAAGCAGGAGGAGCGGGAUCUGCACGAGCGGGACAUUGCCGACUACAAGAUCAAGCUGCGGGCCGCCGAAAGCGAGGUGGAGAAGCUGCAGACGCGCCUGGAGCGGGCCGUCACCGAGCGGGAACGGCUGGAGAUCAAGCUGGAGGCCUCGCAGAGCGAUCUGGGCAAGUCGAAGGCGGAGCUGGAGAAGGCCACCUGCGAGAUGGGCCGAAGCAGCGCCGACUGGGAGUCCACCAAGCAGCGGAUCGCCAGGCUGGAGCUGGAGAACGAGCGGCUGAAGCACGAUCUGGAGCGUUCGCAGAUGCAGCUAGAAGAACAGACCACACUACACAAAACAACGUUUGGCAGGACCACAAUGACCACAUCCCAGGAGCUGGAUCGGGCACAGGAGCGAGCCGACAAGGCCUCCGCCGAACUGCGACGCACCCAGGCCGAGCUGAGGGUUACACAGGGCGAAACUGAAAAACGUUUUUCGGAUGCGGAACGGGCAAGAGAAGAGGCGGCCGCCUUGCAGGAGAAGCUGGAGAAGAGCCAGGGCGAGGUCUAUCGGCUGAAGGCGAAGCUGGAGAACGCCCAGGGCGAGCAGGAGAGUCUGCGCCAGGAGCUGGAGAAGGCGCAGAGCGGUGUCUCGCGCAUUCACGCCGAUCGCGACCGGGCCUUCUCCGAGGUGGAAAAGAUCAAGGAGGAGAUGGAACGCACGCAGGCGACACUGGGCAAGGCGCAGCUGCAGCACGAGAAGCUGCAGAACUCGCUGGACAAGGCCCAGAACGAGGUGGACCAUCUGCAGGACAAGCUGGACAAGGCCGGGGCCGAGAACCGGCGUUUGGUGCUCGAGAAGGAGAAGCUCACCUACGACUACGACAACCUGCAGUCGCAGCUGGACAAGGCGCUCGGACAGGCGGCCAGGAUGCAGAAGGAGCGCGAAACCCUCACCCUGGACACGGAUCGCAUUCGUGAGAAGCUGGAGAAGACGCAGAUGCAACUGGCGCGCAUCCAGAAGGAGCGGGAUCAAUUCUCCGACGAACUGGAGACGCUCAAGGAGCGCUCGGAAUCCUCGCAGACCCUCCUAAUGAAGGCCGCCCGCGACCGGGAGGCGAUGCAAACGGAUCUGGAGGUCCUCAAGGAGCGCUACGAGAAGUCGCACGCCAUCCAGCAGAAACUCCAGAUGGAGCGCGACGACGCCGUCACCGAGGUGGAGAUCCUCAAGGAGAAGCUGGACAAGGCACUGUAUGCCAGCCAGAAGCUCAUCGACGAGAAGGACACCUCCAACAAGGAGUUCGAGAAGAUGCUGGAGAAGUACGAUCGCGCCCAGAACGAGAUCUAUCGUCUGCAGUCGCGCUGCGACACCGCCGAGGCUGAUCGGGCCCGUUUGGAGGUGGAGGCGGAACGGUCCGGUCUGGCCGCCAGCAAGGCACGCGAGGAUCUGCGCAAGCUGCAGGACGAGAGCACACGGCUGCAGGAGGCAUGCGAUCGGGCGGCGCUCCAACUCAGCCGCGCCAAGGAGUGCGAGGACAAUGCUCGCAGCGAGCUGGAACACAGCCGCGAUCGCUUCGACAAGCUCCAAACGGACAUCCGGCGGUCCCAGGGCGAGAAGGAGCAUUUCCAGUCAGAGCUGGAGCGGGUCACCUACGAACUGGAGCGAGCCCAUGCCGCCCAGACCAAGGCGGGUGCCAGUGUGGAGGCGGCCAAGGAGGAGGCGGCUCAUUAUGCCGUCGAGCUGGAGAAGAUGCGCGAUCGCUACGAGAAGAGCCAGGUGGAGCUGCGCAAGCUCCAGGACACGGACACCUUUGGCCGGGAAACCCGCCGCCUCAAGGAGGAGAACGAGCGGCUGCGCGAGAAGCUGGACAAGACCCUGAUGGAACUGGAGACCAUUCGGGGCAAGUCGCAGUACGAAUCCGAGUCGUUCGAGAAGUACAAGGACAAGUACGAGAAGAUCGAGAACGAGGUGCAGAAUAUGGAGUCGAAGCUGCACGAGACCAGCCUGCAGCUGGAGCUGUCCAAGGGCGAGGUGGCCAAGCUGCUGGCCAAUCAGGACAAGCAGCGCUCCGAACUGGAGCGGGCACACAUCGAGCGGGAGAAGGCGCGCGACAAGCACGAGAAGCUGCUGAAGGAGGUCGAUCGUUUGCGCCUACAACAGUCCUCGGUGAGCCCCGGCGAUCCGGUCCGAGCGUCGACGUCCUCCUCUUCCGCUCUGUCCGCCGGCGAGCGGCAGGAGAUCGACCGGCUGCGCGACCGUCUCGAGAAGGCCCUGCAGUCGCGCGACGCCACCGAGCUGGAGGCCGGUCGCUUGGCCAAGGAACUGGAGAAGGCGCAAAUGCAUCUGGCCAAACAGCAGGAGAACACCGAGUCGACUCGCAUCGAGUUCGAGCGGAUGGGCGCCGAGCUGGGACGCCUCCACGAUCGUCUCGAGAAAUCGGAGGCCGAGCGGGAGUCACUGCGUCAGUCCGGACGCAACGGCGGCGCCGGUGGUGCGCAUCCCCAGCUGGAGAAGCAUGUCCAGAAACUGGAGUCCGAUGUCAAGCAGCUGGUCAUGGAGCGGGAGCAGCUGGUGCUGCAGCUGGAGAAGAGUCAGGAGAUUCUCAUGAACUUCCAGAAAGAGCUCCAGAACGCCGAGGCCGAGCUGCAGAAGACACGCGAGGAGAAUCGCAAACUGCGCAACGGCCACCAGGUGCCGCCAACUCCCGCCGCCCCAGCCGGCGCCUCUCCCGCCGAGAUCCAGGCCAUGCAAAAGGAGAUCCAGGCCCUGCAGCAGAAGCUCCAGGAAUCGGAGCGUGCCCUGGCCGCUGCCGGUCCGUCCCAGCAGCCAGCUGCGGCGACCGGAGCCAGCAAGGAGGAGAUCGAUCAGUGGCGCAAGAUCAUCGAGCAGGAGAAGGCCAGGGCCGACAUGGCCGACAAGGCGGCCCAGGAGAUGCACAAGCGUAUUCAGCUCAUGGAUCAGCACAUCAAGGACCAACAUGCCCAGAUGCAGAAGAUGCAACAACAAAUGCAGCAGCAGGCGCAGCAGAUCCAACAGCAACAACAACAACAGCAAGCUGCGGCGCCCAGUGGCUCCGGCGGAGCCGAUCCCAAGGAACUGGAAAAGGUCAAGGGAGAACUGCAGGCGGCCUGCACCGAGCGAGAUCGCUUCCAGCAGCAACUGGAGCUUUUGGUCCAGGAACUGGAAAAGAGUCAGAUGUCCAACAAGGAGCAAGCCAAGCAGCUACAAACGUCGCAACAACAAGUGCAGCAACUGCAACAGCAAGUGCAACAGCUGCAACAACAGAUGCAGCAACUGCAGCAGGCGGCCAGUGCGGGUGCUGGUGCCACCGAUGUGCAACGCCAGCAGCUGGAGCAGCAGCAGAAGCAGCUGGAGGAGGUGCGGAAGCAGAUCGACAACCAGGCCAAGGCCACCGAGGGCGAGCGGAAGAUCAUCGACGAGCAGCGGAAGCAGAUCGAUGCCAAGCGCAAGGACAUCGAGGAGAAAGAGAAGAAGAUGGCCGACUUCGAUGUCCAGCUGCGGAAGCGCAAGGAUCAGAUGGACCAGCUGGAGAAGUCGCUCCAGACGCAAGGUGGCGGCGCGGCAGCAGCCGGAGAGCUCAACAAGAAACUCAUGGAUACGCAGCGCCAGUUGGAAGCUUGCGUCAAGGAGCUGCAAAACACAAAGGAGGAGCACAAGAAGGCGGCAACCGAAACGGAGCGCUUGCUGCAAUUGGUACAAAUGUCGCAGGAGGAGCAGAACGCCAAGGAGAAGACCAUCAUGGAUUUGCAACAAGCCUUAAAGAUCGCUCAAGCCAAAGUCAAACAAGCACAAACGCAACAACAGCAGCAACAGGAUGCUGGGCCAGCUGGCUUCUUGAAGAGCUUUUUCUAAACAGUGCCCACAAGAUAACCAACACCAACAACUACAACCACACACACAUCAGCAAAAGCAGAUAUGGCAAAAAGGAUAACACCUGUACUAUUUACCUAAAA